ACCUCACAUCUCUACGCCUCACGGCCAUUCACUCUACAUUCACAUGCAGUAGGACUCGGCUAGUACUAGUAGUACUACUCGGUCUCUAGUAGUAGUAGUAGUAGGUCUACUGUGUUCGUCAGACUCAACUCACUGACUGACUGACUUGAUCAUAUAAUCAGGCCUACGGUAAAUUCAGUUUGGGUGAAUUUGUGAGCUUGCUUUAUAAUUAUAUGAAGAUAAAGAUUGAAAGGCGAAGAUAGCGGUGACGAGGAAUCAGUAGAAAUGGAUGUUCAGACAACCCCAGCUCCACAUCCGGGACCAGGUGAACAUCCAAUACAGUUUAAUUAUUCCCUCUGGUUUUCUAAACGAACCCCCGGCAAACAGACAACACGUUAUGAUCAAACUCUUAAAUUUGUCGGAUCUUUUUCUUCGGUAGAACAGUUUUGGUCAUAUUAUACUCAUCUGUCUCGACCCAGUGAACUUUCGGGACAUAGCGAUUAUCAUAUAUUUAAAGAGGGUAUCAGACCCAUGUGGGAGGAUGAUGCUAAUAAAGCAGGUGGUAAAUGGAUUAUACGUUUAAAGAAAGGAAUUGCAUCACGAUGUUGGGAAAAUUUAGUUUUAGCCAUGUUAGGUGAACAGUUUAUGGUCGGAGGAGAAGUUUGUGGAGCUGUAAUAUCAAUUCGUUAUCAGGAAGAUAUUUUAUCAUUAUGGAAUAAAACCGCUAAUGAUCAUGUGACCACAUCAAGAAUACGAGAUACAUUAAAAAGAAUUUUAAAUUUACCACCAAAUACCAUCAUGGAAUAUAAAUGUCACACAGAUAGUUUAAAAGAUCGUUCAAGUUACAGAAAUACAGAUGUGUUUAUGAGGUAGCCAGAUAGUUUUUACACCAAGAAAAAAUUUAAACUAUUAAAGUGUUUUUAAAAGAAUGUUUUAAAGAAAAAUAUGACAGUUUCUCAAGAAAAGAACAGAACUUAUGUUACUUACGCCUACAAAGUUUUAGACUAGUGAAAGAUAUAGAUCUACAGAAGUGGAAAUUUGUGUUUGCCCAAUGAACUUAGUCAGGGGCUAAGCAUGCUGAGACAGAGUUUUCAAUUUGAUUUAUGAGGAUCUAACAUAUAGAAGCCAAUUCUGGGACUUGAUUAAGAAAUUCAUAUACAUUGAGUUGUGAAAUUUGUUAAUCAUUAAAAGGGCAGUUCCACAUCUCACAGGGUAUUCGUUGAUAAAAGUGAGAAAUCGCCCAAAUAUCUUUUCUGAAAGUUCCUGCCCAAAAUAUUGCUGUUCAGAAAUGAUCUUCUUUAGCUAUGGAAAACCUGGUAAUAGCAACACUCUCAUACCACUAUAACUUAUGUAAAUGUAUGUAGACAUGGUCAUCCUGACACGUGAACAUAGCAUCAAAUUUGGGGACUUAAAUGUACCACGAAAAACACAUAGAAACUUUACUAAAAGUUUGUAUCUUAUUUCUGCAAAAAAGUACCACAUGGCUUCUGAUAGUUGUACAGAUUUAGUAUAAAGGUUUCUAAGAGUAAUCCACAAGGUGGAAUAAGUUUUAUUAGACAAAUGAAAUGAAAGAAAAUAGAAAAAUGCUAUAAAUGAUUUGAGCGGAAUCCAUAUUGGGGGGGUAACUCAUUAUAAUUUUAAAAGACUAGACCAAAAUAUAAAUGUUGAUUUUAUUUAA